GGACUGCUGCCACCACCGCCACUGACAAUGCAGAUCUUUGUGAAGACCUUAACUGGUAAGACCAUCACCCUGGAGGUCGAGCCCAGUGACACCAUCAAGAAUGUCAAGGCAAAGAUCCAGGACAAGGAGGGCAUCCCCCCUGACCAGCAGAGGCUGAUCUUUGCAGGCAAGCAGCUGGAAGAUGGCCGCACCCUGUCCGACUACAACAUCCAGAAAGAGUCUACCCUGCAUCUGGUCCUUCGCCUCAGAGGUGGGAUGCAGAUCUUUGUGAAGACCCUGACAGGCAAGACCAUCACCCUGGAGGUCGAGCCCAGUGUUACCACCAAGAAGGUCAAACAGCAAGAUAAAGGUACCUUUGUCAGCACGGUAUCUAGAAAGAGCCCUCCUUGUGCUUGUUCUUGGGUUUGAUGGGAGAUGUCUUAGUUUUGCCUAUCUUUUAAGCUGUUAACAAGUUUCAUUGCACUUUGAAUAAAGUUCUUGCAUUCCC